CGUGUGCGAGAUUCUGUGACAAAGCAUGACUCUGAAGAAAUAUGAAAUGAAAGUUUGGAUUAUUCGCUGUUUUCAUAUUUAUAAUUUAAUCACUUACAUUACAAAUAUUGCAUACACAAGGCAUUCGGCUCUUUGCUGCAGAUAGGACGAAUCGAAUAAUUUAAAUAUUUAGCACAGAUUACACCGAACUCGUCAGUCUGACAGUAACUACCGAACAAUUCGCAAGUCAGCGGAGAGCCAGCCUUCAAACACUACAUUUGUUCAACUGGAAAAUUUUCGAAAGAGUUUCAUUUAAAUAUUCAAUAUGUCUUUUAAAGUGGAAGCAGUGCCGUCGCCAAAAUCGAUUCUCGGCGAAGGCCCGCAUUGGGAUGAGCAAUUACAAAGUUUGUUUUACAAUGAUAUUUACGGUACCGAAGCAUCAAUUCUGCGAUACGAUUUCAAAGAGAAUAAAACCUAUUCGGCGAAAAUCGAUGGAGAAAAAAUUGUAGGUUUUAUAAUCCCAGUUGCCAACACAACGAAAACAUGUGAACUUGAUGAAUACGCUGUAGGAAUUUGUCGUCGUGUUGGAAUCGUGCACUGGGAUGGAAAAUCACCGAAAGCAUUGCUUGGCCCAAUUGCUUUCGAAGUUGAAGAUGACAAACCUGAAAAUCGUUUCAACGACGCCAAAGCUGAUCCAGUUGGACGAUUUUACGGAGGUACGAUGCGCCAAGAAUCUAAAGGUGAUCUUUUCGAUGUGGCGGCUGGCACAUUCUAUAAAUAUAUCAAAGGCGAUGGCGUAUAUGAACUACUUCACGGCAUUUACGUUUCAAACGGUAUGGCAUGGAAUGAAAGUACUAACAAAUUUUACUACAUCGACUCAUGCAAAUUUAAUGUGAGAGAAUACGAUUGGGAUCCAAGCACGGGUGACAUUUCGAAUGAGCGCAUAGCGAUUGAUUUCAAAGUGAAUGGUAAAAAUCCCCCAUUUAUACCGGAUGGAAUGACAAUUGAUACUUACGGAAAUCUAUAUGUCGCAACUUAUGGUGGAUCUAAAGUGCUUAAAGUUGACCCAAAGAAAGGGAAAAUUGUUUUAGAAAUUCCAAUCCCAGCACGACAAGUCACUAGUGUGUGUUUCGGUGGGCCAAAUUUGGAUAUUUUAUAUGUGACAUCGGCUUCAGCUCCUACAAAUGCUGCGGCUAUUGGUUUACAUCCAGAUGACAAACAAUCUGAAUUGGAUGGUCGUCUGUUCAAAGUCACUGGUUUGGGCGUUAAAGGCUUUCCAGGUGUUAGAGUUCGCGUUUAAAUUUCUUUACUGAUAAUUCGAAUUUAAUAGCAUGGUGCGAAUGACAAUGUAGAGUUGAACAUGCAAUUGACAUAUCGAAAUUCUAAUCUCAAAUGGAAUCGCUUUUAUUGUUGUUCGAAUACUUUUAAGAAAAAUCAAAUAAAUCGAUCACGUUAAAUAUAUAA